GAAAACAACUUUGAAUAGUUUAUUGAAUUAACUAAGAUUGGGUAAACACAUUUGUUCAUAGAGGAGGUAUCAAACGUCUCGAGCCACCCACCGCACAACAAUAUCAAUAUCAAUACCAAUAACAUCAGCAACAUGGAGAUCAAAGACUUGCAGAUUGAAAUUGCAGGAAAAGAUGAAGCUAAGAAGCAUCAAUUGGCUCCUAAAAGAAAAUCCAAUAAAGAUAGGCACACUAAAGUUGAAGGCAGAGGAAGGAGGAUUCGCAUGCCUGCACUCUGUGCUGCUAGGAUUUUCCAACUCACACGCGAAUUGGGUCAUAAAUCUGAUGGAGAGACGAUCCAGUGGCUAUUACAGCAGGCAGAGCCCUCCUUAAUUGCUGCAACUGGCAAUGGAACAAUUCCGGCAUCGGCUUUAGCCGCAGCUGGACCCUCUGUUUCCGCUGGUUUGCAGCAAAAGAUGGAUGGAAGUAUUAGUAAUAGUAGUAGUAGGACCAGUUGGCCUAUGGCCCAGUUGGCCACAACAGGGAUAUGGCCCCCAUCUGCUCCUGAUGUCACUAAUUUUGGCCACAAUUUGGGAACUGAAAGUCUGCAAAAGAUUAGUUUCCCUGGAUUUGACCUCCCCUCUACCAAUUUGAGUUUUACAUCUAUGUUGGGUGCCACUAACCUACCUGGGUUGGAGCUCGGAUUAUCACAAGAUGCUCAUAUGAAUUCUCAGUCUCUGAAUCAGAUUUACCAGCAGAUGGGGCAUUCAAGAAUGCACCAGCAGCAACAACCUUCUCCCGAGGAUGAUAAUUCUCAAGGAUCAGGACAGUAGAGCUUUCAUAUAAUACUGAUUUUGGGGUAUAUAAAGUGAAAUUGUGUUUUCUAAGCUAGGGUUUAUUUUUAGGAAAUAGUUUAGCAGUUCAUUUUGACCUUUAUAUCCUAGCGGAGUGCUUAUAUCUUCGUUUGUUGAAAUAAACAUAGAAAUCAUAUAUCCAGAAGCAAUUUUCUCUCUUGUGUAACACAUAGAUUCAGUGCAAGACGCUGAAUUCUGAAC